AUGGUCAGAGAGACAAUCGACCACGGCGAAGGGCUACCAAGACAAGAGUAUAGGGUUCUACUAGAAGAACGUUGGUGCGAUUGCGACAAGUUUCAGGCAUUUCGUAUGCCUUGCUCCCAUGUAAUUGCAGCAUGUGCUCAUUCUCACUUGGAUGCAUUAGCACUCCUGUCUCCCAUUUACAAGUCUGAGACCUUGCUCCACGUAUACAACAAUGGCUUUGCAGUGGUAGCAAAAGAGGAUUAUUGGCCUGCGUACGAGGGGGAAAUUGUUUGGCACAACGACCAAAUGCGGAGAAAUAAAAAGGGUCGUCCCAAAAGCAAGCGUAUCACGACUGAAAUGGACGAGCUCGAUAAGCUAGAAAGAAAGUGUGGUUUAUGUCGCCAAGUCGGACACAAUAAAAAAAAUUGUCCUAAUCAUGCAAGUGGUUCUUAG